CAGAGAAAUAAACAAAGAGACACUUUAUGCAGAUGAAAUGCUCAGCUAGAACAGAACAAAAGAGAAUAAGGUAUACACUAUACAGAUACAAAAAAGAAACACAGAAAUGUCACAAAGUGUGGAUGAGAGAAGUGAAGAUGGAGAGCUCAACAUGGCUGCUUGGAUUCUUGGAGUAGAAAAUCUCUCAAUUCAACCCUACCCACUUCCUUCUUUAGGUCCCCAUGAUGUCAAAAUUAGAAUUAAAGCUGUGGGUAUUUGUGGAAGUGAUGUUCAUUAUUAUAAGACAAUGAGAGUUGCUAAUUUCAUUGCUAAACCAAUGGUCUUGGGGCAUGAGUCUGCUGGAAUCAUAGAAGAAGUUGGCACUCAAGUUAAUUCUCUUCAAGUAGGAGAUAGGGUGGCUUUGGAGCCUGGAAUUGGUUGCAAAAGAUGCAAUUUUUGCAAAGAGGGUCGCUACAAUCUUUGUCGCCAGAUGAAAUUUUUUGGCUCUGCUGCCUCUGGAUCAACUCAUGGUUCUCUUGCCAAUAAGGUGGUGCAUCCAGCCAAUUUAUGCUUUAAGCUACCAGAUAAUGUGAACUUUGAGGAAGGAGCUAUGAUUGAACCUCUUAGUGUUGGAGUUCAUGCUUGUCGCCGUGCAAAUAUCAGUCCAGACACAAAUAUAUUGAUCAUAGGAGCAGGACCUAUAGGCCUUGUUGUAUCACUUGCCGCCCGUGCAUUUGGAGCACCAAGAAUCAUCAUUGUUGAUGUUGAUACCUGUCGUUUAUCAAUUGCAAAGGAUCUUGGUGCAGAUGAGAUUAUUCAAGUUUCAACUAACAUCAAGGACAUGGAGGAAGAAGUGGUGCAAAUCCGAAAUGCCAUGGGUUCUGGGAUUGAUGUCAGUUUUGAUUGUGUGGGCUACAACAAAACCAUGUCCACAGCCCUGAAUGCCACUAGCUCUGGGGGCAAAGUUUGCCUCAUUGGAUUAGCUCAAACUGAAAUGACUGUUCCCCUUACUCCAGCAUCUGUAAGGGAGGUUGAUGUGAUUGGGAUAUUCAGGUACAGAAACACUUGGCCCCUUUGCCUUGAGCUUUUGCGCACUGGCAAGAUUGACAUCAAGCCACUGAUAACUCACAGGUUUGGGUUCUCUCAGAAAGAGGUGGAAGAAGCCUUUGUAACCAGUGCUCAAGGGGGUAAUGCUAUUAAGAUCAUGUUCAAUCUUUGAAGUAUUUCUAGCAUUGUUCAAGCCAGAUUGAUAAAUAACCACUUAAAAGAAAAUAAUAAAAGAUGUAUCACAUUUCAUGGCAUAACCAAUAUAGGCAGAUAUCAUGUUCAAUCUUUAUAGGGAGAGAUGGAAAACCUGCCUCCCAGCAAUGCUGUUCCAUUUUGACUACUGUAUAAUUAUAAUAGCCAAAAUGAGCUUAAAUGUUUAUGUAUUCUGAGAGUAAUAUGCUAUUCUAAUUAUAUUUAAUAUAAAACAACUGCUACAAAAAUGUAAGCACAUACUACAUAAAAAUGUG